GCUUAAGUCAAUUCUUCAUGGAAAUCAACCUUAGAAUGGUAUAAAUAGACGUUCCCUUGCGUCUCGUCCUCCAUUUCGGUCGUAACAUCGCAAGAGUGUCAUGUCACACAGGAAGUUCAGUGCUCCUCGACAUGGGUCGAUGGGAUUCUAUCCCAAGAAAAGAUCGCAAAGACAUCGCGGAAAGGUAAAGGCUUUUCCAAAAGAUGAUCCUAGCAAACCUGUACACUUAACAGCUUUUAUUGGCUAUAAAGCUGGUAUGACUCAUGUUGUGAGAGAAGCGGAUCGUCCAGGUUCAAAGGUGAAUAAAAAGGAGAUCGUAGAAGCUGUUACUAUCCUUGAAACUCCACCAAUGAUUGUAGUCGGUCUUGUUGGAUAUAUAGAAACACCACAUGGAUUGCGAGCACUUGCUACUGUUUGGGCAGAACACUUAUCUGAAGAUUGUCGCAGACGUUUCUACAAGAAUUGGUUCAAGAGCAAAAAAAAGGCGUUCACUAAAGCGUCGAAGAAGUGGCAAGACGAUCUCGGCCGCAAAUCCAUUGAAGCAGAUCUUAAGAAGAUCAAGAAAUAUUGCAGCGUUGUUCGCAUCAUUGCUCAUACUCAAAUGAAGUUGCUGAGACAACGUCAGAAAAAGGCUCAUAUUAUGGAGAUUCAAUUGAAUGGUGGCACCAUUGAAGACAAGGUGAAUUGGGCACGAGAACAUCUGGAGAAGCCUGUGCCUGUCAGCAACGUUUUUGCUCCUGACGAAAUGAUAGACGUAAUUGGUGUCACUAAGGGCAAGGGUUACAAAGGUGUCACGUCUAGAUGGCACACCAAAAAAUUGCCGCGUAAGACUCACAAGGGUUUGAGAAAGGUCGCUUGUAUUGGCGCAUGGCAUCCUAGCCGUGUGUCUUUCACCGUUGCGCGAGCCGGUCAAAAGGGAUAUCAUCAUCGCACGGAGAUGAACAAAAAGAUCUACAGAAUCGGACAGGGCAUCCACACUAAGGACGGCAAGAUGGUAAAAAAUAACGCCUCAACGGAGUAUGAUCUUACCGAGAAGACUAUCACGCCCAUGGGAGGUUUCCCGCACUACGGUGAGGUGAACAAUGACUUUAUCAUGAUCAAAGGUUGUUGCAUGGGUCCGAAGAAGCGCGUGAUCACACUCAGAAAAUCUCUAUUGGUGCACACAAAGAGAUCUGCGUUGGAAAAAAUCAAUCUCAAGUUCAUCGAUACCAGCUCCAAAUUUGGACACGGUCGCUUCCAGACCGCCGCUGACAAAGCUUCUUUCAUGGGACAGCUUAAGAAGGAUCGACUGCGCGAAGAUCAGGCGCAGGCCGCCAGCUCAGCUCCAAAUGCUGCAACAUCGCAAUAAAAAGAAAAAAACGUACAAUCUUUUGCGUACGUUUUUUUAUAUAAAUAUGUACACACAAUGUACAUGAUGUAUGACAAAAUAGAUUACGAGAAAUCGUA